GGAAAAUCCAAGAAGAAAUAAAUAUGAUGUUGUCAUUAUUGGCAGCUGCCUGUUUGAAGCUUUGCAAUGCCAACAACUCAUAAACUCCCAUUGCCAUCUUUCAAUUUCUCUACCGUUUCCCAUAUUCAAUACUCACCAACUCCCAUUGCUAACAGCUACCUUCCUUUGUCACACUUCCAUGUUAGGGAUGUCGACAUUGACAUCAGCUCAGGUUGAGCUCCAACAGCAACAGCCACCGCCAUCGACCGAACCUGCUGUCGAGUUGCCAAAGGAGAGGCUGACGGUCGACGACAUGCUGCAGAAGUAUUGUGGGGAGUUUGGACCAUGGCAGUUGAAGAACUUCGUGUUGGUCAAUUUGAGUUGGACCUUAGAAGCUCUACACAUCAUGGUCGUCAUCUUCGCCGACCAUGAGCCCCAAUGGCGGUGUGUCGAAGGAGUUGCCUGUGACAGAGCCGGGAAGAGCGUUUGUGAGUUGAAGCCGGGAUCGUGGGAAUGGGUUGAAGGUCGCCGGAGCUCGACGGUGGCUCAAUGGGGUUUGAUCUGUGGUGAUAAGUAUAAGGUUGGGUUGGCUCAGGCUAUGUUCUUUCUUGGCAGCAUGAUGGGGUCUGCUAUCUUCGGCUACCUCUCAAACUCUGCCUUGGGAAGAAAACGCACACUUGCUUUAGUUUCCUCAUUCAACGCCACAUUUGGCUUAUUAACAGCAGCAUCUCCUUACUACUGGACCUACGUCCUCCUCCGCUUCUUGACCGGAAUCAGCAGCGGUGGGAAUUCUGUAAGCACCUUCGUACUUGCCACCGAACCCAUUGGCCCGACGAAACGCGGGGUGGCUGGCAUGUCGUCGUUCUACUUUUUCGCUGGUGGGAUCGCCAUACUAUCAGGGAUGGCCUAUACUUUUCGACCAUGGCGUGAACUGUACAUAGCUUCCUCAAUCCCCUCUCUUGUCUUCCUCGUUGCUGUCCUUCCCUUUGUCUCUGAAUCUCCAAGAUGGUAUCUAGUUCGCGGGAAGCUCGAUGAGGCGAUGAAGGUGAUGAAAUCCAUAGCCAAAUGCAAUGGUAAACACCUUCCUGAAGGAGUAAUCCUUCUACUUGAUCAAGAAGCAUUCAACAAAGAUGAUAAGGGUUCGGGGCUCAAACGCGAAGAAAAAGGUAGCUUUGUUGUCUUAAUUCGCUCGCCGAUCACGAGAAUACGUCUGCUGUUAGCAAUGUCUAUAAGCUUUGUAGGAGCAAUUGCAUAUUACGGUUUGAGCUUAAACGUCGUCAACCUGAAGACGAAUCUCUACCUCAGCGUCCUCCUCAAUGCAGUUGCGGAGACUCCAGCAUACACCAUAACUGCAGCUCUGUUAGGGAGGCUUGGGAGGAAAGGGAUAGGAGUAGGGACAUUCUGGCUCAGUGGAGGAUUCUGCCUCAUUGGGAGCUUGCUGAGAAGCCAUGGAAAGUGGAAGGUGGCGAGGAUGGUGUGUGGGAUUAUGGGGAUAUUUGGGAUGGCUGGGAACUAUAAUUUUCUGUUUUUGUACCUGGAAGAGCUGUUUCCGACCGCGGUGAGAAACACGGCGAUGGGCUGCGCCACCUUGGCGAUUCAAAUGGGGGCGGUUUUAGCGCCGUUUGUGGUGGUUUUGGGAGGUGGUUUAGCGUUUGGGGUGUUUGCAGUAUGUGGGUUGGUGGGUGGGAGUUUGGUGUUUUUCUUGCCGGAGACGGUGAAUAAGCCUCUCUAUGACACCAUGGCUGGAAUGGAGUUGGGACAAAGAACCUCUCCUGGUGGUGCUUGAAGGUCAGCUUUCUAGUUGGCAUAUGCCAAAAAGAGACCAAUGUGUUCCUACUAAUGAGUAUGCAUGUUCUUUAAUUUGAAAAGAGUGAAGAGAGAAAAUGUAUAGUAAAAAUAAAUCUAAUAUAAUUUAGAGAACUAUUAGAGACUCCAUUUCAA